AUUCACUUGCGUGGAAUCUGUAGCUGCUGCAUGUGCAAGCGAGCGAGUAGUAGGAAGUGCGUGUCGAGUAGAGUUGAAGCAAACUCUGGUUGAAGUAGCGAACAUUGGCGUCGAUGUGGAUCAAUAUUACUCGCGGAUAAAUUACUCAACCAUACCAUAGUUGUGAGGUGGGGUUGUACUAUAGGCUACACUUCAAGCUUUCCCGGCGGCAUCUGGGAGGGAGAGAGUGCUGUGGCUUACUGGUUUUGCCGGGGACGAAACGGCGUGGGUUAGCUAAGGUGGGCCUUGCCUGGGUAUAUGAUUUACCAGCUAGCUAGAUAGCGACUUCAAAUCAAAUAAAGUGUUGUUAACCAACACUAGCUAACAACUUGCACGUUUUUUCGCUGCGAGUAGCAAUUUGUCAGCCUCCUGGGCGCAUCCUGAUCCGAAACUGCUUGGAGUAUCACUCACACUAGCUAACGUUACAGUAGCUAAAUGGAUAACCUGAGCGAAGCGUUGAAGAAGCUGAAGCUAGCCUCAGCGGACAGCGCCACAGACAGUGUGGAGAGCUGCCUGGACUGCUUGCUCAAAGCACUGGCCCACAACAAUGCUAAUGCCAGUGAGAAGGUCCAGGAGAUGGGCGUUCUCUCCCUGCUUCCCACCCUGCUGGCCCCACAGUCCUCCUGCACCCCCAAAGUAGCCAACAUCAUAGCUGAGGUGGCCAAAAAUGAGUUCAUGCGGAGCCCCUGUGUGGAGGCAGGCCUCAUCCCUCCCCUGGUGCAGCUGCUCCACUCCAAGGACCAGGAGGUGCUGCUGCAGACAGGCCGCGCCCUGGGCAACAUCUGCUAUGACAGCCAUGAGGGCAGGAGUGCAGUUGACCAGGCGGGAGGGGCUCAGAUAGUAGCUGGACACAUAAAGUCACUGUCCCAAAAUACUGACCCGGACAAUGGAAAGCUCUUGACUGUCUUUUGUGGCAUGCUGAUGAACUAUAGCAAUGAAAAUGACUCCUUGCAGGCCCAGCUGAUCAACAUGGGGGUGAUCCCCACCCUGGUGAAGCUGCUGGGGCUCCACUCAGACAACAUGGCUCUUACAGAGAUGUGCCUCAUCGCUUUCGGAAACUUGGCUGAGCUCGAGUCCAGUAAGGAACAGUUUGCCUCCACGAACAUCGCUGAGGAGCUGGUACGUCUGUUCCAGAAGCAGGCAGAGCACGAGAAGAAGGAGAUGAUCUUUGAGGUCCUGGCUCCACUCGCUGAGAAUGAUGUGAUCAAGCUGCAGUUGGUGGAGGCGGGCCUGGUGGAGUGUCUGUUAGAUGUGGUGACUCACACCGUGAAUGGGGAGAGGGAAGAGGAUGUGGCCCAGCUCAAGACUGCCUCCGAUCUGAUGGUCCUGCUGCUUUUGGGAGAUGAGUCCAUGCAGAAGCUGUUUGACGCGGGCAAGGGCAGUGUGUUCGAGAGGGUCCUUUCCUGGGUACCAUCCCACAACCACCAGCUGCAGUUGGCAGGGGCACUGGCCAUUGCCAACUUUGCCCGCAACGAUGGUAACUGCAUACAGAUGGUGGAAUCAGGCAUUGUUCAGAAGCUUCUGGAGCUGCUGGAUCGCCACGUGGAGGAGGGUAACGUCACCGUGCAGCACGCCGCGCUCAGCGCCCUGCGCAACCUGGCCAUUCCUGUGGUGAACAAGGCUAAAAUGCUGUCAGCUGGUGUGUCAGAUACGGUGUUGAAGUUCCUCCCGUCAGAGAUGCCUCCUGUCCAGUUCAAACUGCUGGGGACGUUACGCAUGCUCAUCGACACACAGGCGGAUGCGGCAGACCAGCUGGGGACCAAUUCCAAGCUUGUGGAGCGUCUGGUAGAGUGGUGUGAGGCCAAGGACCAUGCAGGAGUCAUGGGAGAGUCCAACAGACUGCUCUCAGCUCUCAUCCGCCACAGCAAAUCAAAGGACGUCGUAAAAACAGUCAUCCAGGGGGCAGGUGUGAAGCACUUAGUAGUCAUGGCGAUGAGCGAACACAUGAUUAUGCAGAACGAGGCGCUGGUGGCUCUGGGCCUCAUCGCCGGGUUGGACCUGGUGGGGGCUGAAAAGGACUUUGUCGGGGCUGGCCUGGUGCAGGUGCUCCACAAGCUGCUCUCAGACGAGAGGACCGCCCCGGAGAUCAAAUACAACUCCAUGAUCCUCAUCUGUGCGGUCAUGGGCUCAGAGCCUCUCCAUAAAGAAGUGCAGGGCCUGGCCUUCAUCGACGUGGUCUCCAAGCUGCGGUCGCACGAGAACAAAACGGUGUCCCACCAGGCGUCGCUCACAGAGCAGAGGCUAACGGCACAGAGCUAAAGGACUCUUAAUGCCCGCACUCCCCCCAAUCCCUGCCCCCCUUCCCUCUCUCUCUCCAGAACUUCCCUCUGUGUGUUCUAUCAUCACGUGCCAAGGUAUCCUGUCCCUUUGCCCCUGUCAACAGCCAGUUGGUCCAGCUAAAACGUACCCCCCCACCCCCCCUCUGCCUUACAGCCUGCCUUUAGCCUGCCUUCCCACACUACCGCCGCUCACGCAUGCGUACUCCUCCAUAAUAAAAACAAGACAGCCUUUUCUUUCUGCAAUAGACAUACAAAGAGAACACUUUUUAUGACCAUAGCUGUGAAACCCGUUGAAAAACAAUACAAAAAGAACAAAAAAACUGAGUAGGUUGGUCUGAAAACAAACUAAGCUGCCAUGCAUCCAUCCUAUGUCCCAUCUUAAGCUUGAGUUGAAGACGAACUGCAUGUUUUAGUCCAGUUGAUGGUGUAUCCAUGCUCAUUUUGACCCUCGCAUACCCAAAACCACAGCCCUGGGCAGAUCUUCCAGAGCUGAGUAGAGUUCAGUCAUGUUGUACUUAAACUGGCGUUUCAAAGGAGUUUUCUUGAAAAUCCCAACCGAUCCCUCUCUCUUCCCUUAACUUUCAUACAAACCCGAUUUAAACUUAACUUGCUGUCUCAAACAACCUUACUGUUAUAUCAAGGGUAUGUUUAGAAUGGGGAAAUGUUACAGAAUGUUCAGAUGUAAAUAUAUUAUGUAGAACAGAUAUGACCGUCUGUCAAGUAGAAUAGGGAAUUGUGUUAACUAAAUGUGUUAGAUUUCUAUCUGCAAUGUUGUAAAUGUUUAACCCCAACUGAACAUACCCUAGGCUGACUCCACUAGCAUGUAAUAAUUCUCACCUAACAUUGAGGAAUCCUGUGUAAGUUACAAGUUAGAUCCCCCAGAUGAACAGUCACUCUCUCCCUGGUCACUGAGUGUACAGUGAAGCAGUCAGCCCUACCAGGUGCGUAGUAUAUGUCUGAAUGGAUUAUGAGCCAGGUGCGCCAGGAAAGACCGAUUUUGGGGGGGAGUGUUAUGUUCCAGGGUGUCUUUGUUGCCGUAGCGCUGCACAUUUCAGAAGAUUUCUAUAUCAUAUUAAUGUGGUUCCUAAGUUAUUUAACACUUCUCCAGGUGUUGUGAGAUCUGAUCAUCUAUAUAACGCGACUGCAAAAGAGAUGAACGUCACCGUCGAUUGGAAUCUGGCUGCAUCGUUUCACAUAGUCACUGUGGUCUCCCUGACAGCUACGAGAACCUCCCCAUAACCCUGUCAGAAUGGGCCAGUCCAGACAGCCAGAGAAGAUCCCCCCCCCGUCUACGUGUGGUACCUCUCUAUGGUUUAUCCCAGCCAGCGCUUUGUUUGCAUGUGUGAUGGUUUCUCUCCCACUCCAAGUAUCGAGAACAUGCCCAUUCCAGCAUGAUGGAUACUGCGUUAGGCAACGUCUGGUGACAUAGGUGUUUUUUUUUAAAUAUAAAUUAUUUGUUUACUAAUCGGUCUUGUUAAAUUUGUUUUUUUUUUGUCAGGUAUGAAUGGUAAUUUCAGAUUUGUAACUUUACAAAGACACAAUCCAAUCAAGACGUAACUACAAACUAACUGCGUUACGGUAUAAAUGUUUGUUGUAAAUGUCAUUGAGUUGUACAUUUGGAAGAUCGUAACUCAAACAGAUAAUUAAAGAUGAUUGCUGGCGAUAAUG